AGUUGAAAAAAAUACCUAGUUGGCUUUGCAAACAGUUUAUUGUGGCUAAACAAUAAGUGAGCUCAAUUGCAAAAUACUUGACUGAAUCAUGGCCAAGAAAUCGAAGCAAAUAUACUGUCGACUCAUUUCGAUGCUGAUCCUAGGCUACGUUAUGCUGCAGUAUUUCAGUCUUCAGUUCAUGGACUAUUCGAGCGACAGGUUAACAGACGACUCAAUGUAUAAGAAAAUUUCUAAGAAAUUUAAUAUGACCAAAUUCUUCCCCCCAUUUUAUCGUGUAUCAACAAUUUCGGUCAUCAAUCGUUAUAUCUCGGAGGUCAACGAGGAGCAGGAGAUAUUAAAUGAAAGAAAAUUUGGACCGAUAGAAAAUAGUUCAGUGGUUAUUGUUAUACAGGUACACAACGGAGCUAGUUACCUGCAGAGCUUGAUAGAGAAUCUGUCGCGUGCAAGGGGCAUAUCCGAGGCUUUGCUUAUAUUCUCACACGAUUUCUACGACGAUAAGAUCAACGAUUAUGUCCUGGCGAUUGAGUUUAGCAAGGUGAUGCAAAUCUACUAUCCACAUUCCAUACAAACGCAUUCAAAUAAAUUCCCUGGCACCGCUCCACACGACUGUCCUCGAAAUAUUACGAGACUCAAGGCUUUAAGCAAACGAUGUAAUAAUGCACUCAAUCCAGAUCUGCAUGGCCACUACAGAGUCGCCGAAUACACACAGGAAAAGCAUCAUUGGUGGUGGAAGGCAAAUCAAGUUUUUCAUAAGCUUCAAGUAAUCCACAAUUUUUCGGGCUUGGUUUUAUUUCUGGAGGAAGAUUAUAUUGUAGCCGAAGAUAUUUUGUAUGUUCUCAUGAAAAUGCAGCAAGUUGCCAAUAAGUUUUGCUCGGAUUGCAAUGCCUUUUGCCUGGGCAACCGCUUGAAUUCCCUGAAACUUCUCUCCAAACAAGAUAUCAUAGAAUAUUCCAAGGUUCAAUAUUCAGCCUGGUCAAGCGAACAGCAUAGUAUCGCACUGGCCUUUAAUAGAACCACUUGGUCGGCCAUACGCAGUUGUGCCCAAGACUUUUGCACUUACGAUGACUAUAAGUGGGACAGAUCCUUGGAAUACGUAGCCAAAAAUUGCAUGGAACCCAAACUCAAUGUGCUGGCAGUCAAGAAAUCUCGUGCUUUUUCCACUCGAAAUUGGCCAAAACUGAACGUGUCCAAGACAGAUGUGGAACUUCGUUUAGCGAGUAAAUUUGGCCAGCUAUAUCCGUUUAAGCUCAAAUUAUCCAGCUUAAUGAUGAAAACCGAGCAGCCUGUUGAACAAAUUAGAAGCGGCGAAUGGGCUGAUCCACGUGAUCAUCGGCUUUGCCUAAGCGCAGCUAAUGCCGUAGACAUAAAUUAGUUAGCGUUAGUUAAUGUAGCUAAUCUUCUAUAUAGUCGGAAAACGUUAUAUAUGAACUUAAGGUAUCAUAUCAAUAUUUAUAUUAAACAAAGCUGCAUUUGAUGCACUU